AUGGCUCAAAGUUGCAGCAGCUCACAAACCAUCUCCAUCAAUGUGGGCGGUAUAGUAUUCAGCACUAGCUCUUCCACACUUUCUACAAUUCACUCCGAGAAGGAUGAGCAUCAUUUUCUAGCUGAAUUAGUUUCUAAUCAUUUCAAUUCACAAGAAGCUAGCUCCAAUUCUUCUCUUCAAAAUAAUACAACGCCAUUAUUGUUUAUUGAUCGAGAUCCCACUCAUUUCCGAUACGUGUUGAAUUACUUGAGAAAUGGAAUUAAUGUGGUUUUGCCAUCACACGAUCCACACGCGAUGGAAGAAUUGUUUAUGGAAGCAAAAUAUUAUCGAUUGAAUAGUUUGGCUGAUUUAUUGAGUUCUCUCAUGUCACAGCAUCGAACUUGUACGGAUGAAUAUUUAACUAUUGAUGUCAAUAAUACAUAUGGAGAAUAUUUAUGUAUUGGACCAGAGAUAGCAUAUCAAUUUAUGAAAGGGAAAGGAUUAGUGAAAGUAAAUGGAUUGGAAAUGAAGAGAAAUGUUAAAUUUUGUGGAAAGUGGGAGAUUGAAUGGACACAUAUUAAACAAUUGUUGGAAAUAUUAUCACAAAUUGGUUUUGAAUUGAUUUCUACAAUUCUGGAGUCAAGAAAGAAUGGAAAGUUUGAAAACAAGCUUAUAUUUAAAAGAAAGACAUCGGACCAAAAUGGAAAUUAA